CAGACACAGAUACCGCUUGAGUGUUGGUGGCAGCGUCGUGCUAGAAGUGCUCCAACAGUUGUCUAGCCAGGCUGCGAUUCAUUAAGUACUAAAUCGGAUCGUAAAUUUUCAUCCCUGUUAAUUAAUUCCGGUAAAUUGAAGGAAUUGCUGGAUAUUUUUCGAGAUGAAGUUGAUCACGGUGUCGACCAUAGCCGGGCUGCUGGUUGUACUUGCAUUACCCGAGUCAACCACCGCUGGUCUUCAUCCCAUUAAGUCUUUCGCCAAAGGCUUCAUUGCUGGUGUCUUGAAAAGCCUAAAAGGAAUUGAACAUCGCAACUCUGAUCGCCGACGCAACUUUAGCGGAUCCGCCUCUGCCAAUCUGAGUUUUGGUGGACAAAUCACACCUCACGGAUCUGGAACGCGUCAAAACUGGAACGGGGCUAGAGUUGACCUUACAGGGAACUUGGACGUGCGUGGUCAAAGAUAUCCGAUUGCACAUCCUGAUGGGAGACAAACUAUUCGCAGGAUAUAUGAUGGAAAUCUGUCAUUUGACGCUAACAUCACCAAAACUUUGCAUCAGACAGCUACUUUUGCCCCUGUUAGUCCCAUCUCACCUGUAGUUCAAGUGACAGUUGCUCCAACUGAAAAUGUUUUGAUAGUUAAACCAGAUAGUCUAGAAGUCUCAUACCUUCCUCCAGUUUCUGAGACACCAAUUGUGGCCGAACCCCACUACGAGCCCGCAGAAGAUGCAGCAUUAGAGGUUAUUGCUGAGACUUCGGUUGCAGAAAGUGCAGGAUUAAACAGGGCUGAGGUCACCCAGAAUAAUAAAGGUGCCACCUUCACAAACGGCGCUGUCAAUAUCAACGUUGCCAAUGCCGGCUCCGGAACUGGCGCUAUCAUCAACUUCAGCAGAGGCUUCCCUCGAAGUGGAUCUGUGGUCGUUGACUCUGGGACCGUUACAACCGAUUUCAGUAAUGGAGCAGUCUCUACUGAUUUCAACGGAGAUUCGACAUCUACUGGAGGGACUGACGAUAACUUUAGCGAUUUUGGUGAAACCGUCGAUUCCAUGAGCACCGUCGAUUCUGUAGGUACGCCCGAAUCCUCUUCAUCAUUUUUCAAUGGUGGCGCACCUACUGAUACAUUUGAUUCUCUUAAUGGCGACACCACCACAUUUGACGAUUUUGGUUCCGCAGUCGAAACAACAGCAGAUACGGCGUUUGAUGACAAUGAAUCCGGUGAUCCUUUCAGUUCCUUCGAUAAUUCUGACACCAGCACCUUUGAUUCUGGAUCCUCAGUAUUCACCGACUCGGAAGUUACAAGUGAUGGAACCAGUAGCUACGCUACUGACGCUGGAAAUGGGUUUACCACUACGGCUGACGCUGGAAAUGGGUUUACCAGUGGAUCUGUGUCAGUAGCCAGUGCUUCAGAUCUCAGAACCGGAGGAUACGAAGUCCAUACAAUGGCCCACGCAUCAGGUACCACGGGCGAUGAUGUAGAAACUACAGUCUCUGUAUCAGGGGCUCCAGCAGAAGUGUACGAUAAAUAUGUUCAGACUAACAUAGACUCAGUUAGAGAACUUAGCGAUAUUGCCUUGAAUCAUGGAAACGGCCUGCCUAUUACAAUCCAGUUACGUACUCGCCACAGAGUGGAAACGCCAACACACCCUGAAACAGCUGCCGCGGCGCCAAGAAGUUAUUAUGUUCAGGGCAUUGGGUCUCUUUCGGCUGAUGGCUCGUCAGUGCUCUUGCCUGACGGCAAUUGGCACAUGGUAAGGAAAGCUCCGCUGCUUUAUAAAUUUAGAGAAGUAAUUGAGAGUCCAGAUGCUACUCCCACUGCUACAGUUUCUGAUCAUCAUGUCGAUACCGUGCUCGUUGUGGACGAGAAUCUUGUCGAGGGUGCAUCUGCUGCCAAAUCAAUCUCAAGUGUUCCAGUAGGAGCCAAUUUAAUGAGGGCCGAUACGAUAUCUCAGAACGAGAAACUAGUCAACGGACCGAAUAAUUUCCAGGGUCGUAGAGGUUCCAAUAGCAGACCAAACGAUGAUCACAUAAUGGCCAUGUUCGCAAGAUUUGCCGAUGCUCACAGGCAAUCUUUACUAAGGAAUCCUAACAUGAGCAGCUCAGUUCAGACUGGACCUUUCAGUGCCAAUGGUAAUCGUGGACGCACAAUGAAUCGACAUUCAACUUUUGAGGGAGAAGCCUACAGAAAUCGCCUCGACGAAGUGCUUGCGGAGGCGGCACUAGAGCAACGCAGCUUGAGUGACCUGAACCGUGCCAACGCGUACCGAGUCCUCUCAUCGAACGCUCAACUUCCUUCACCUAACCUUGGAAAAAUGGCAUCACAGGCGGUGGGUAUUUCGGGUGUCUCUUCGUUGGAUCGAAAGGAAAACAGUGGAAUUACACGAGCCACACUUCGGUUCAGGCAAAGAAUAUGAUCUCUGCAACCAGCUGUGCGAAAGAUUGCCGCUCAUCACAUUGAGUUUUUUACAUUGGAAUGAGCGGUUAAAAAUCUACAAUAAUAGCAUUUCAAAGGAUGUUCGGUCAUUAGUCAGUGAUGAUUAAUGUUUAACUAGUACCUGUUAUGGGCAUGACAAUAGCUUAUAUUUUGUAUUUUCGCCAGGUGGUGCUUGAAAUUUUUUGUUCUCAAAAUUACGGUUUCGAUUGGAAACAAAAAAUACUUGUACAUAGAUAAUAGGAAAUACCUAAGUAAAAUACAACUCCAAUCCUUACAAUUUUCUUUUGUAUCAGUCCUAAUAUGAGAGAAGAUAUAAGAAAGUCUUCUGAACGUCAUAAUUUUCAUUCACCAUCGAAUUUUAUCCAAUGUUUGAAAAUGUUCAAAUUAAAGUUGCUGCAUCAUUCACUUCUUUAUUGUAACAAAUUAUCACAACUACAAAAAGGCACUCUUAUUUCUAAUCUCCCUAUUUCAAGGAAAAUAAAGUAGUUUUGAAAUUAUU